AUGCGCGGGGAGCGCCGCGCGCCGGGCGGCCCUGCCCACACCCAGGAGACCACGCCCCUCGGUCUGCCCCCGCCUAUGCUUGAGAGGACACGCCCACUUGCGGGGAGUGUGCCCCAGGCCUGCGCGCCCGCGCGCCCCCCGCAGGCCGAGCGAGAUACUGCAGCACUCGUCCAGCGCGGCCCCCGAGCUGGGGCCCACACAAGCCCGUGGGCUGGCAGCACUCCCAGCAGCUGCGGGACAACUUCUCAGAGGAAUGAGGCCCAUGUCAGCACCUCAUCCAGCUGUCCCCGGGCACCCCGGCCUGGCAGCCCCCGCCAUGCCACGAGCACUCCCGUGCCUGUGCCCCAGAAGGCGACGUGGCCCCGUGAGCUGAGAGACGGCGUCACUCCUUCGGCCUCAGCGGUCAUUCACCGAGGCGUCCGUGACUCCACGGGAGGCGCCGGGAGUAGCCUCCGCCUCCGCGGGACCACCCAGGACCGCCCCGCCGGACGACCUCCACGCCCCCACCCCCUGGGUCACGCCCGGAAGGCCCUGGGCCCCCGCGUCCGGCCACGCCAUCCGCCGGGCGGCCCCAGGGAGUCUACGGCUAGGGUCAGUCCAGGCCCCGCCCAGCGCUCCCGCCCCCCUCGGCUGUCCCGGCUCCUGAGACCGCGCCCCCGCCGCGCUUUCCAAGCUUGUACCAGGACAGGGCGGGGCACUUGGGAUCAUCCCGCUCCAAGCCGUGGCCCCUGGGCGUGUUACCUGGACGUGCGUGGCGCGCAGACUCUGAGCGCGCCGGCCUGCGGGCGGGGAGCCCGGGAUUUGAGGUUAGACUGCCGAGCCGACCCUCCUCUGGGCCGCAGGCUGGCAGCAGCUGACCCCGGCGCCUCUCGGCUGAGGGUGAGACGUCGGGGCUCAAGACCGGCUGGUGGGGGGAGGCUCUUGAAGACCCGGCUCCUUGCGGAGCCAGCUGCUAGAGGCUGGGAGACUGGACCCCGAGCCACGCACCCACGGAGGAAGCAGGAUCGGUGCACCCACCGAUCCCAGUCUCUGGUCCCCUUUUCCUUCCCGCUCCUCCUAGAAAGGGACCUGCGGCGUUGGGGGGCGGAUCGGACCGGCGGGUGCACCGCUGGGGAUCCGGUCCUCCGCUGCUGAGCGCGCCGGGCCCCACGUGGUGUGGCGCCGGGCGGGGCGCGCGGGGGCGCAGCGGGAAUCUCGGCGCUUUCUUUAAGGUGGGGGGAGGGGGAGGGGGUGG